AUGACCCCCUCUGUCAACGGGAGCGGCCCCUGGUACAAGGCCAGUGAAAGGGCGUGGAGCUUCUCUACGACCGGAAAGAUACUCAUCUCCAUCGACGGCAUUGAAGACACGGAGGGCAUCAACCGCUUUGCGCAGCCUGCACCUGUCCCGGCCCCGCAGCCGGUGCUGGCCCCUGCCGUGCAGCCUGUGCUGGCCCCUGCCGUGCAGCCGGUGCUGGCCCCUGCCGUGCAGCCUGUGCUGGCCCCUGCCAUGCAGCCUGUGCUGGCCCCUGCCGUGCAGCCUGUGCUGGCCCCAGCCGUGCAGCCUGUGCCUGUCCCGGCCUUCCAGACUGUGCCGGCCCCACUCGCGCAGCCUGUGCCUGUCCUGGCCGCACCAUUUGUGCCUGUCCCUGCCGCCCAGGUUGCGCCUGUCACGGGCGCGCAGGCUGAGCCCGUCCCGGCCGCACGUCCUGUGCCUGCACCGGCCGCACAGGCAGGGCCUGCUCCGGUCACACAGGCUGGACCUGUCCAGGCCGCAUGGGGGGACGGCUUUCUUUCUCCUGCUUUCACCAGCAUUCUCCUACCGACUCCUGGUGUCUCCUUUUUCUCCCUCUCAUCUGUAUCUCCAUGCGGUCACCUGUGUCGUACUGCUUCCGCAUUCUUCCUCCUCCGCUGCCCAGGACGUUAA